CAGGACGGAUCGCUGGAAAUACAGUGUAGGAUAUUUAUAUUUUACGAUAGACAGGUUUUAUCAAUCAACUCACAGACUUGUUAUUGCGCUUCCAAGAUAACAGACGCCGAGGUACGUAUUUUCAAACGUCGCUUAGACGAUGUGAAAGCACGGUACCGAUAGCUUCUGUUAGCUACAGUUAGCAAGGUGUCAGAUGCUAGCCGAUUUAGCUAACGUAUGUGAUAACCCGGUAGCUAGGGGACACAGUUGUUUUGAAGAAGGUUUAUGGGUGCCUGAUACCAAUCAGCUGUUAAUUAAUGUUGUAUAUUAGUUGUUAGUCAAGACAACCGGAAACGUCCGAUGUGUUUAUCCGUUAGCAACCUAUCGUGGUUUAAAUUCAAGCUAGCAAAAGGACUUUAAGUUAGCUCAGCUGAUACAAAAACGACAACAUCCACCAAGCUGGACAACACGUUGGACUUAGUCGGGUUUAAAUCGGGCUCGGUGGGUUCACUGACGCCUCAGAAGAAGAUGAAGAAGAGGAAGGAACUGAAUGCCUUGAUCGGGCUAGGGGACAGCAAGAGAAAGAAGACCAAAAAGGGGUCUGGUCACCGACUUCUGCGAACCGAGCCUCCGGACUCUGAGUCCGACUCCAGCUCAGACGACGAUGAGUUCAACAACUUGAGCAGCGGGGCUAACUUUGGGAAAAGAAGCUACACGCAGUGCUGCAAUGUGUGCUACCCCUUGUUUCUGUUCAUCAUACUUGCUGCCUGCGUUAUGGCCUGUGCUGGACUCAUAUGGAUGCAGAUUGCUCUGAAGGAAGAUCUAGACUCGCUGAAAGAAAAGCUGCAUAGCAUGGAAUCCAGCCAGAAAGUGUCAUCAAGUGAAAUACCAAAACUAAAUGAGGACCUGAAAAACAAGGAGAGAAAGCUUGACGACAUAGAAAGUGGAGACAAGGGGUUGGGCAAGCUCUGGUCCAACCUCACAGAAAUUAACAGAAAGAUCAGUUUGCUGGACUCGGCUGUAAAACAUUUAAAGGUCGACUUGAAAUCAGCUGCUGACUUAGUCAGCCUUCCCACUACAGUUGAAGAGCUUCAAAAGAGUGUUGCUACAAUUGGCAGCACACUAACAAGUGUACAGCAUGAUGUGAAGACUAUGCAGGCUGCUUUUGAGCAGCAGAAGAAAGAUGAAGAGUUGAAGAAAGCAAUGGAAAUAACAGACCUGAGAAAAGCAGUAGGUGAGGCGAACAAGACCGAGGAGCUGCGUCACACACAGACUGACGGGCAGAUCCACAUUCUCCUCUCUACGGUCGCAGAGCUUCAGCAGAGAGUGUUGUCGUUAGAGAACGGGUCAAAACAAAGCUCAAAGGUGAAUGACGCAGCAGCCAUCACCAGUGAAAGUCCAACAACAGAAGUUAUUAAAGAAGCUACUACAACCAAAGCAACACCUGAGGACCUGCAAGAGGUGUCCACCCCACUGACACAGCCUCAUACAAGCAGACGCCCACGCUUUCUAACUCCAAACCGUGCUAAGAGAGAGGCUUUGAAACCAUGCCCAAGGAGGGUGGUCCUGUAUGGUAUCCGCUCUCUGAAAGAGUUGGAGGACUUCUACCAGCAGGAAGGCGUCGGGCGUGAUUCGCCCGGAUUGACCUACCACAGCCUGAGGGAAAUAAUUGGAACAUCUACUACUACUCGUACCAUGGAGUGUUUUGACAAUGACGGAGACAAGAGGUACUCCCUGAUGGAGCUUAGAGCUGCUGUAGGUUGGUGAGCACAUCAUCACUGACAGUAGUGAACAGUAUUGAAUACCCAGCGGGGUCUGGUAGUUUGAAGUUCCUGACCCUUUUCUGUAAUUGCUGCACUUUUGUGAACUGUAUAUUUAUCAUUCUGAUUGUGGAACACAAUUCUCACACAUCCUGGUUUGUCUCAUCACAAUCUAAUUCAUGAACAAUACUCUUACAUUUUUAAAUGAACGACCUGUAUACAGUAUACUCAGCUUCGAUUUUAGAAGAUUUCUUGGAUUACAUAAAAACGGGGGAAGUGUUUAGAAUGAUUUUGAAUCCUGUUUUCCACCCUUAAUUCUCAGACUUCCGGUUUUCAGUUUUAAUUUUAUUGUCAGUCUGUUCCAUCCCGAUGUAACUUUUUUGUGUAUUUAGCUUUCCUGGAGGCUAUAAUGGUCAGCCUAUUACCCCACCCAUCAAAACCAACACCUGGUAGAACUCACCUGAACCUGGUCCUAAUUUAACUGAAACACACAGUUGAGCAUAAGAGAAUGAAUUAUCUACGCUCUUUCCUAAACUAAUAACCAUUUCUGCUUAGUGUUUUUUCCUCAUCUAUUUUCAGUUAGUUACUUCAAUUUAAUUGUAUUUAGUCCAUCUGUACAAUUGUUUUUUUUUUGUAGCUUUUAGUUUAACAAGUUUGAAGGGCUAUGAACACUUUCAUAAAGGGUUUUGAAGUAGUUACUCGUGAGGCAUAUGUAGCAAUAACAAACUGACAUAGAUAUUGCUUGUUCAAAUUUGCAGUAGACAGCUAGCUCACAAUAUUUUGCAGGUAGUAUAAGAAGCACUGACCAUCACUCUUUACUUGAUUCAUUUUAUUCAAUUUUUAUGGGCCUAAUAAUGGUGUAUUUACAUUACAAAUGGGUCAUACUUAAACAUUGUUGUACUCUGUCAAGAUGGUUUAAAUGUAUUCUCACAAAUCAUGUUGUGAGGGGGUUGGUAACAUUUUCUUUACAGUCUUAAUCUCAACAUUGUACAUUCUUUUUUAAAUAAUUAUCUUGUGCUUUGCAUGUUGCUUAUAUUGUAACAUGAACACAUUAUUUAUAAACUUAACAUAGUCGAUUUCUUGUUUUUGCAGGACAAUGUAACAGCUUUGACCAUAAUGACAUACUGUACAUGUUGGGUUCAUGCUGCUGCUGCUGUAAAUGGGGAGAUUUUAUGAAUGUGUUUUUGUGUGAGCACCAAUGAAUAAACACAAUGUUAAAAAGUU